GGCCUAUUGUUGUUAUUGGUAUGCUAUUAUUAGGCUAAUGGGCUUUUGUGGAUCAUGGAUGGGGUCUUGUGAGGUAGCUUGGACGCUCGUCCUCGCAGGAUUGCUUUUGAUUAAUAGAGAAUUGUUCUCUCGUGGCUUUACAUCGAUAAACAUAAUUUAAGAUAUUGUUUUAGAUUUAGCCUCAUUUCACUCCGAUUGUAUAUAGCCUUAUACCUAUAAACAUAAGGUCGGUGAUACAUUUUUCUUGUUUUCCCAGGUGCAUUGAGGCGUGUUUUUAAGGUCAAUAUUAUUUUCAUACAUGAAAUAGGCCUCUGUGUUUGCAAAGAGGUAAAGAGGCGGAAAAGAGAGGGGAUCUGAACUGGUUUUCCAUGUCAAACACUUCAAUUCUCCAUAGAAACUCUGAUCUUAACGCGGAAACUUUAUUAAACCCUGAUGGUGGAUUGAUAAGACCGAAUUUCUCUCGGAUCUUUUUAUUGUGGAGACCGGGGAGAGAUGACAGAGGCAAAUUGCUCUUUUAAUUAAAGCAAUGCACCAGAGGAAAUUGCUGUCUGAAUAUUGUCUCAGAGAUGGGGUUUGUGACAGUUGCCUGGAAACUUCAAUCUGUCCCACAUUUAUUCCAGAUCACAGUUAGGAGAUAAAGUUUAAUAAAAAUCUUUGCCCGAAUGAAAUCCAACCCUUUCUUGAACAACAGCUACAAUGAGACAGAACUGCGGAGGAAACCUUAUGUUUAACAUGUAUCUCUCAGGUUCGUGCUUUUAUCCAACAGAAAAUCUGUUGAAAGAAAGCAAAGGUGCAUCCUGGAGUCCCAUAAACACAGGAGUGCAAAAGGGCAGUGGACAGAUUCAGCUAUGGCAGUUUCUCCUCGAGCUCCUGUCAGACAGCGCCAACAUGUCCUGCAUCGCCUGGGAAGGGACGAAUGGAGAAUUCAAGCUAAUUGAACCAGAUGAGGUGGCACGGCGAUGGGGCGAGCGCAAAAGCAAGCCCAACAUGAACUACGACAAACUCAGCCGCGCAUUGCGCUACUACUAUGACAAAAACAUAAUGACAAAGGUCCAUGGGAAGCGAUAUGCUUACAAGUUCGACUUUCACGGGUUGGCUCAGGUUUGUCAACCCUCAUCAACAGAGCAAGCUCUUUAUAAAUUCCAGAGUAAUUUUGCCCCCAUUCCCUUUUCAGGGAUUUCAAAGCUAAACCUGGUUGGUCCAGGCGUCGGUUCGUCUGGAUUCUCUUACUGGCCGGGGUCGCCACCGACUCUCUACCACAGUCACAACCUCCAACCCCCGGGUCCGUUUGGUUCUGUGUCUGCCUCGCACAUCAGCUGCGUCAACAACAUCAACAACCUGAAUAAUAUCAAUAACCACUACAAUUGACUCCUAUUAACUCUACCAAUAAUGUUGUCUAAAAAGGCCUAAUCAUAAUUCACAAUGGUAGCUGAAAGCGCGCCUUUUAAAACUAGGCCUCUGAAUUAUGAAUUUCCCUCUUGUACCAACAUUUUUAAAAAAUCCUAAAUUAAUGGGCCUUUGGGAAAAUCAUGAAACAUUUAUGGAAAGUUUAAUAUUUAAUCACAUGCUUUUUAUUUUAUUUAUUUUUUUAGAUAUGAAGCCUAUAUCAAACAAAAUCUCGAUUAAGAACCAUUUUCUUGCCUAUUUUUCUCUUGUUGAUAAGACAUUACGAAAACGUUCUCGAACGUUGCAGAUAGAAAUACUACAAAUAGACCCGACGUAAUUUCCUUAAUCUACAUGUCAUAGACGCAUGUUUUCGCUACCUGGACAUUGCAAAACGUUGCGUCUUGCUGAACGCAUCCCUGGUGUCUGCAAGAGAUUGUCUGGCUUCUAGCGCCACCAGGUGGAUAUUAAUUGGGCAUAUAAAUACUGAUUUGAUCUCAAAUAAGCUUGCGGUGUACUUUUCAAAGUAGAUAUAUUACUGCGACUAAAAACAUUAUGGAGAUAAAGAUAUAUCGUCAAUUUAAAUAGCCUUCGUUAUGUAGAUGUAGCCUACACAGGCAGUUUACAAUGCAGUGCAGGUGUCUAUUAGUUACGACAACAAAAGGGUUUGCCUUUUCGUUUUCAUACGUUUCCCGUAUAGCCUAUUUUCACAUUUGACACACAGAUUCGACAUUUUUAUGCACGGAAAUAAAUACAUAGAUUGUUAGAUUAACACUUAAAACCUCUUAGAAAUUAUCUUUGAAAUUGUAGGCACAUUUUUCCAAAAAGCUAUAUCCACCAAUUUUUCCCAUUUGUGUUUUUCAUCAGAAAUGAUUGCUUAUGGGUACGUUCAUUUAUGUGUAAAAUAUUACUGUUCUCAGAUUUUCUUGUCUAUGAUUAUUAUACUUUUUUUGCUAAAUGUUAUACAUCCAUUGUUCAAUGCCUGUAAAAUAUCAAAUGUAGGCUAAUUGUUUUACAUACAGAUCUCAUAUUACUGUAUGAAAAAAAGUUGAUUUAAAAAAUAUGUAUAUUGUGUUUAAAUGUAUCAUUUGUACAUUUAUUUAUAUAUUUUUUUGUUACUUGUUACAUUUGACUCUGUAAAACAUAGCAGUACUACCUAUUUCUCUGAGAGUGUGGCAUUUUUUUUUGGCAUAUGUAGCAUUUUGAAAAACACGUAAUUAUUUGUCUCUAUGAAAUGAAACCAUCAAGUGAUAGAUUUUAAACAAAUACAUAUCUGUCAUUGAACAACCUCAUGUCAUGAUUAGAUAGUGAAAAAACCCACUAACCUCUUUAAUCAUUUGUUUAAACAAUAAAAGCUAAUUUACCAACAUUUCUGAAAAUGGGUAGGUCUAUAUAACGUUUUGGAAUUAAACUCUUCACAUGUACCUAUUCCAUUACAUCUUAUUCGUGCUCUUGUUGUUAGCCUACUGUAGCCUAUAAAAUGAACAUGUUAUGGAAUAAAUCGAGUGUCAUUUGUA